AUGCCCGUAACUCGAGGUAUGUUGAGGCCUGGUGGAGAUGGUUCAAUGAAGAGCUUUGUAAUAAUACUCACUGUGGUUGGUCUGAUGUUUCUGAUGUACUACAAGUACAAACUAACUUCAUAUACGUCAACUCCUGAGAUAGCUGCUGCCAAGGAAAGUGUUUAUGGGGAAAAUAAAAUGGCCAAAGAAGUUGCCAAAGAAAUUGCCAGCUUGAAAGAGCAGAUGAAUCGAUGGAAAGACGAGUACCAUACAUGUAAAACUGAUAAGGAGGUACUGGAGAUCAGACAGAAAAAGGUUGUCAUUAAGAAGGACAUGGAAAAUGAACUGGAUAACAUGAGGAAAAAGUUAUAUGACACCAACGAUGAGUUAAAAAUUCAGAAGGAAAAAGUUGAAAACUUAAGCAAGAGAUUGGUGGGCCUUUCAAUUAUCUCCUUCCAUUUUCAACAUCUAUUCCUUAUUUUGAAUUCAAAAUAUUAUAAAAAAUUUUAA